GAGAGGAAGAGAUAGAGAGAGGGAGACAGAGAGGGACAGAGAGAUGAACAGAUUGCUUGCUGGAGAGGGAUGCAUCUGCUUCACAGUUAUUGUCUAGUAACUAUGGAUGGAGAGAAAAAGCAUCUUUGACGUCAGGAAUAAUGAUUGUUUUUUUCAUCCGGGUUCCCUCUUCUGGUGUUAUUUAUGUACAACGAGGUUUGCUCUGGUCCUACUUUCUGAGGAGUUCCUUUUAAAUAUAUUUUCAUUUUGGAGGCUCUUCAGUUUGUUUCCCACCACCCUUCUCUUUCCCCAGGGGGGGGGAGGAGGAUCUGUGACAUUCUGCAGAAUGAUUGGGGCUGAUGAAUAUUUCACGGUUUCGGAAUGGAUAUUGCAUUGGUGAGUUUGGAAAACGGAGGAGCCACAGCUGUGUCUGGCAGUGGUGGGGAGGAUGGAGGCUCUGCCAUGGCAGCCAGCACAACAAGCAGGCGGGAUCUACUCCAAAUCCCCAGGGCACCAUCUUGGUUGAACGAUUACAACCAAGGGAGAGAACAAGACGGAGAGGAAAGCUGCCAGCAGCGACCACAACAUCAGCAGCAAUAUCAGCCACCAGGGACCGACCAAGAAGGAGGAGGAGGAGGUGGAUGUGGAGGAGGAGGUGUGGGCGAUCGCUUGCAAAGCAGCGACAUGAUCAUGAGCCACCCUGGCACCAACAACAAGGAGAAUGACAUCGAGACUGUGAUAAGGUUGGACGAAGAGGAGCCUCAUGCCCACCAUCACCACCCUGAGGAGGAGGAGGACCAUCACUUUGACCUGGGCAUUAUGGACCACGAGAGUAACCAAAGGGUCAUCAUCAACAUCGCAGGUUUGAGAUUCGAGACACAGCUAUCAACCCUCAACCAGUUUCCUGAUACUUUAUUGGGAGAUCCUGAAAAAAGAAUGAGGUUUUUCGAUCCCCUGAGGAACGAAUACUUUUUUGAUCGAAACAGACCAAGCUUCGACGGCAUUCUGUACUUUUAUCAAUCUGGGGGCAAAAUCAGGAGACCUGUUAACGUCUCAAUUGAUGUAUUCGCAGACGAGAUCAGGUUCUACGAGCUAGGGGAGGAAGCCAUGGAGAGGUUUAGAGAAGACGAGGGCUUCCUAAAAGAUGAGGAAAAGCCUCUUCCCCGAAACGAAUUCCAGCGACAGGUAUGGUUAAUAUUUGAAUACCCCGAGAGUUCAAGCUCUGCCAGAGGCAUUGCUAUAGUAUCUGUGCUUGUAAUACUCAUCUCUAUCAUUACGUUCUGUUUGGAGACCCUACCUGAGUUUAGGGAUGAGAACGAGCUGCCCCCGUCGCUGUCCAAGGUGCUGAAUGACACCCAACAGCCUGCUCCCCCCAGUGGUCUCACUGAUCCUUUCUUCAUUAUAGAGACCACCUGUGUCAUUUGGUUCACAUUUGAGUUGCUGGUAAGAUUCUUCGCCUGCCCCAGCAAGCCCGAAUUUUCUAAGAACAUAAUGAACAUCAUUGAUAUUGUAGCCAUCAUCCCUUAUUUCAUCACACUAGGAACAGAGCUGGCUGAACAGCAAACAAACAACGGUCAGCAGGCUAUGUCCCUGGCUAUACUGAGGGUUAUCCGACUAGUAAGGGUCUUCAGGAUAUUCAAACUGUCUAGGCACUCUAAAGGACUUCAAAUUUUGGGGCAAACUUUGAAGGCUAGCAUGAGAGAGUUAGGCUUGCUAAUAUUUUUCCUUUUCAUUGGAGUAAUUCUGUUUUCCAGUGCAGUUUACUUUGCUGAGGCUGAUGACCCAGACUCUCAUUUCUCGAGCAUCCCUGAUGCAUUCUGGUGGGCUGUGGUCACCAUGACUACAGUCGGCUAUGGGGACAUGAGACCAGUGACUGUCGGAGGUAAAAUUGUGGGUUCAUUGUGUGCCAUUGCUGGUGUGCUCACUAUUGCUCUACCAGUCCCUGUUAUUGUCUCCAACUUCAACUAUUUCUAUCAUAGAGAGACUGACCAUGAAGAACAGGUGAUCCUCAAGGAGGAGCACAGCAGUGGUCAGGGCAGCUGUGCUGAAGAAUUAAAGACAAGCCCUAGCAAAUCCUCACUGAGCAAGUCUGUAGUGCACUUGGACAAUCUGGAAGGCAUCAAUAAUGGCACUCGCUCUUUAGAAAAAACUAAUCUCAAAGCUAAGAGUAAUGUGGAUCUGAGAAAAUCCCUAUAUGCUCUUUGUCUGGAUACCAACAGGGAAACAGAUUUGUAGAACAACCUUAAAGCACAAAACAGAACCUGGAAUUAUAAACAAUAAAAUAGAGCAUUUUUGUUCUCUAUAAAUAGCAACUGAACAGUAUUUGCUGUUAAACAAAUUUUGUUACUACUUUUACAGUAUUUUGAGUCAGGCAUAUAUUUUUUAACUUAUAAUUGUUACAGUCUUGAAGUGAUGUUAAUAAAGAUCGUUUAUUUUUUAAAGUUGGGCAGAAAUGUAGCUAGCUGCAGGAUGGGAAACAUUUGACACAUUUGUGAUCUAAAGUAUCCAAUAAUUUGAAUCUUUCCACCCUGCAACAUUUUGCAAACAUA